AUGGAGAAAGUCACGAAGGCGGUGGAGCAGCGAAUCGGUGCCGAGCUGCCGGACAAGUUUGGGGUCAUUCUUGACGGAUGGACCCACGGCACCGAGCACUACCUGGCCGUGUACGGCUGCUACGACGUGCAUGGCGUGCGCAAGUGCCCCCUGCUCUCGUUUGCCCCGAUCAUUAACGGGCUCGAUGACCGGCUGAACGCGGAGAGUCACAUGACUGCACUAGCUGCUUUUUUGCCAUUUUUUUGGUAA